AUGGCCGGAAGAAACGCUGGGAGGAAUGAUGAGGCUCUUGCUGCAGUUAUGCAGGCAAUGGCUCAGGCGUUCCAGAACCCACCCAAUGCUGACGAGAACGUGGGGUCUCGUAGUCUGGCGACGUUUCAGAGGGAGAACCCGCCUACCUUUCUGGGUAGGUAUGAUCCUGAAGGAGCCUUGGCUUGGUUGAAGGAGAUUGAAAGAAUAUUCAGAGUGAUGGAUUGCACUCUUGUGCAAAAGAUCCGUUAUGGAACUCAUAAGCUGUCAGGUGAAGCCGAUGAUUGGUGGGUGGACACUCGUCUAAGGUUGGAAACUGCGGGCGAGGAGAUUACUUGGGAAGUGUUUCGUAGAGAAUUUCUGAGGAAGUAUUAUCCAGAAGAUGUGCGAGGAAAGAAAGAGAUUGAAUUCCUCGAGUUGAAGCAAGGGAACUUGUUAGUCACGGAGUAUGCUGCUAAGUUCACUGAAUUGGCUAAGUUCUAUCCUCACUAUGAUGGAGCCAAUGCCGAAUUCUCUAAGUGUAUCAAGUUUGAAAAUGGAUUGCGUCCGGAAAUUAAGAAAGUUGUGGGAUAUCAAAAGAUUCGCGUCUUUCCGGAUCUGAUUGAUAGUUGUAGAAUCUUUGAAGAGGACAACAAUGCACACUAUAAGAUCUUGUCUGAGAAGAGAGGAAGGGGCCAACACAACCGUGGUAAGCCAUAUGAAACUCCGAUUGGAAAAGGGAAACAGAAAGUGAUUCCGGGUCGAAGAACAUGUGGGGGAGAUGCUCCUGCUAAUGUUAUCUGUUUCAAGUGUGGAAAGCCGGGUCACAAGAGUAAUGUGUGUAGGCUUGGUAAAACGAGAUGUUUCCGUUGUGGUAUGCCGGGACAUGCGGCUCGUGAUUGUAAGCAGAAGGAUGUUGUUUGCUUUAACUGUGGGGAAGGAGGACAUAUCAGUGCUAAAUGUCAGAAGCCAAAGAGGGGACAAGAGAGUGGUAAAGUGUUUGCUUUGUCGGAAACUCAGACUACAAAUGAAGAUGGACUUAUUCGAGGUACUUGUUUCAUUAAUAGCAUUCCUUUAAUUACUAUUAUUGAUACCGGUGCCACACACUGUUUUGUUGCUGCGGAUUAUGUUGAAAGAUUGGGUCUUUCUUUGUCUUCCUUGGGUAGAGAUAUGAUUGUUGAGGUUCCCGCUAAGGGAACGGUAUCUACGUCUCUUGCGUGUAAGAGUUGCCCCUUGUCAAUAUUUGGUAAAGAUUUUGUAGUUGAUCUUGUUUGUUUGCCUCUUGUCGGGUUGGAUGUAGUAUUGGGUAUGGACUGGUUGAAAUCCAACUAUGUUCAUAUUAAUUGCUACAACAACACUGUGAGGUUUUCUUCUGCCGAAGAAGAGGGAAGAACAUAA